AAAGAACGACGAAAGAAAAGAAAAGCUCCCCCUCUCACUCAUUCCUGCCAUUACCUACCUCCACUUCUCCCGCUGCACUCUUUCCGCAGAACCAAUCUUACUCCAGCUGGACUACGGGAUUCCGUCGGUCAACACUCAACCGAUCCACCAUCCAGUCCGUUGGAUAGCCGUCGUCGAAGAGAAAGCCUCAACCGCCACCACCUUCCCGCUCUCAAACCCUACGGUAUCUACAUCAAGACCUCCCACCGUUCAUUCAAAAGUGUCCUCAAGUGCCAUGACCUCCACCUCUCCGACCCUCGCCGGGUCCACCGUUGAGCCAAACGAAAAGGCGUCGACCCGUUCCCCAUCGCCCGCUGGAAUGGUGCUGCCUUCGAAGGAAAUCGAGGAUGUGACGAGCAGCGAUAGCACAGAUGUCGAAGACGGAACACAGUAUCCGGGAAGGCUUCCCCUGACAUUGAUCAGCAUUGCGCUGUGUCUGGCCGUGUUUUUGGUUGCGCUGGACCAAACAAUCAUCGCGACUGCGAUCCCCAAGAUCACGGACCAAUUCGAGGCUCUGGAGGACGUCGGAUGGUAUGGCAGCGCAUACAUGUUGACGAUGUGCUCGUUCCAACUCAUCUACGGGAAAAUCUACACGUACUUCUCGAUCAAAUACUGCUUCCUGGGUGCUGUGACGUUGUUUGAGGUUGGGAGCUUGAUCUGCGCGGUGGCCCAGAACUCGGUGAUGUUGAUCGUCGGACGUGCGGUCGCCGGCGUGGGUUGCGCAGGAAUUUUCUCCGGGGCACUCAUCAUUCUCAGUCUCUCGGUUCCCCUCCGGCAGCGACCCAUCUAUACCGGCCUCGUCAGCGGCAUGUUCGGCAUUGCAAGUGUUGCUGGGCCGCUGAUGGGCGGUGCUUUCACCGAUCACGUUUCAUGGCGGUGGUGCUUCUACAUCAACCUUCCUCUCGGCGCAAUAACAAUCGUUGUGAUAAUCUUGAUCUUUAAGCCACCCAAGCGCGAGAAGGUCGAUACCCUGACGCUGAACCAGAAGAUCGCCCAAUUCGACUGGGCCGGCACGGCGGUACUCCUACCGGGAAUAGUAUGCCUUCUUCUCGCGUUGCAGUGGGGUGGCUCAAAGUACCCAUGGAAGUCGGGCCGCAUCAUCGGAUUACUCGUCACAUUUGGAGUGCUGGCGAUUGCCUUUGCGGUCAUCCAAGUGAGGAGUGGCGACAAGGCUACACUACCUCUUAGGAUCCUGAAGCAGAGGAGUAUUGCGUCCGGUUGUCUGGUUUCGUUCGGUAUUGGAUCGUCAUUCAUGAUUCUGAUCUUUUACAUUCCGAUCUGGUUCCAGGCCAUUCAAGGUGUUACGGCAACUCAGUCCGGAAUCCGCAACCUCCCUCUCGUCUUGGGCGUCACAAUCUUCGCUAUCGUCUCGGGCGGGCUAACAACCUGGUUGGGAUACUACGUCCCCUUCGUAUACAUCGGCAGCGUGAUCCUCUGUAUCGGCGCAGGACUCCUUACAACGUGGGACGUCGACACUCCGGCUGCCAAAUGGGUGUGCUACCAACUCCUGACAGGAAUGGGCAUUGGCCUAACCCUUCAACAACCCAUGAUCGCCGCGCAAACCGUGCUGAAGCAGGUGGACAUCCCAAUCGGUUCCGCCGCUGUGGUCUUCUUCCAGACGCUCGGAGGAGCACUGUUCAUCUCGGUUGCCCAGAACAUCUUUGCUACUGAGCUGGUCAAGGGGAUUACCUCCAGGAUACCGGACAUGUCGGCCUCGUCGAUUCUGACUACCGGUGCCACUGCGCUCACGAGUACCUUUUCGCCGGACGUCCUGCCGCAGGUCAUUGAGGCGUACAACGGCGCGGUCACUAAGGCGUUCUAUGCUAGUGUUGCACUCGCGAUUGUCGGCUUCAUUGGAGGAUUGGGAAUGGAAAUGGUCAGCGUGAAGGGCAAAAAGAUUGAGGCCAUUGGUGGAGCUUAGGACAUGAUGUGACGAGUACCACAGUAAUCGUAAUACCAGAUGGAUCAUGGGUGUUUCCUUUUUUUUCUUUUCCUUUUCUGAGGCUGCGGGCGUUUCUGGUUUUUUUUAUUGACGAAGGGCUGGAUGGAUGGAUGGAAGAAUGGAUGGAUUGUUUUUAUAUAAAGAUACCCUCUCAGCUCCUGCUCGCUCUUGAAAAUUGGAAUAUAGAAUAUGUUUUGAUUAUUAGACGAUGGUGCAUGCCAGGCUGAUGAAGUGUUCGUAAAGGAUCAAAUGCGUAAUGCCGAC